CACACCUCAGCCAUGGAGCAGUUCAACAUUGAGAUCGGCAACCUCAGGUGUAAGCUGAGGUAUCAUCAGGUGGAAUGGGUUUCCCACCUCAGCAAGCUCCUGUCUGGCCCGCCGGAAGCAGCACCGCAGCCGCGGACCCACAGUGCUCCUGGCCACACAUGUCAGGCAAAGGCGGUACCGCCCCGCCGGAUUAGCUGGCUGCCGCUGCACGCAAAGGCUUUGGAACUUGGAACAGCUUGUUCCAUCGACGCCAAACCCUCUGCUACCAGAGAACGGUGCAGCUCUGGUAGCACAACUGGCGCGGGCCUCAGCCCGCUAACCGCAAAAUCAGAGAGCGGCAAGGGCGACGCGCACCGACUUGCGCCAACCGAGGCGCAAGCCCUGGGUGUCUCCAAGGAUGCAGUCCAAGCAUGGCUCCCCGAGCUGCACGCUUGGCUGCUCCUGAAGCCGGUGCAUCCGGCCCUGGAUGCGCCAACGGCCGAGGCAACACGGGUGGCACGGCAGGCAGAAAAACGGGCUGAGAAAAAACGGUUGGAGGAGGAGAAACAAGCAGAGGCGAAACGAAAGAGCCAAGCUGAGAAGAACAAAGCCCGCAACAAGAGGCGCAGAGAGUUGCGCCAAGAAGCACGCCAAAGCCAGGACCCUGAGGUCCGGCUCGCACGCGUGGCCGCCCUGGAGAAAGACAGGAAAAGGAAAGCCCAGAGCUCAGCUGCGGACAAGGGUAAAAAAGCUGGAGAAGACCAACAGGCUUUCCCAGAGGCAGAGGACGAGGAAGUAGACGCCGAACUGGCUGUGCCGGGCUUAGCAAUAGAGCGCUGGAAAGAGAGAGCCGAGUACGAGCGUCUACAGCAAAAGGAAGAGGCAGAAGUCCGCGAAGCGAAGCGGCGGAGUCUCCACGACGACGACCCACCUCUCGGCGAUGGUUCGUCGCGUGGCAGCCAGGAUGACCUGGCUGAGCCCAAGAUGAAACUCAAUUGCUCUCAGGAGCAGUUUGUGGACCUGCUGCAGGAGUACCACACUCAGCAGUUGAUUCAGCCUGAUCUGCAGCCUAAGCUUGAUCAGCCUGCUGGGGAGCCUCCUCAAGAUCAGGAUGCCCUGCCCCCUUGGGUCAUGCUCAGGGUCAGGAAUGAGCUUGCUGAGAUCCACAAAAACUUGAGCUACCACCCAGGGAUCAGUCAGGUGCCAGAUGGAGUCUGGUGGAUUCAGGUGGGCAGCCGAAGGCGCUACCAGCUUGAGCCUAAUGCUCCACCUCAGGAACCCUCAGGGCUAGCACUCUUCAACAACUCAAAUGAUACCGACAUCGUGGAGAUAGCCAAUGAUGCUCAGGGCUAUAGUAAGUCUCAGCUCCACAAGCUGGACAUGAGCCAAGAGAUUGAGAGGCUCCUCAGCAUGUCAGCAUCAGAUGAGAGGCUCAGUGAAAUGCACAGCGUACCUGAGCUGAUUGAGGACAUGAGGUCUAAGCUGCAGCUACUUGAGGAGGCAGCUAAGACUCAGGAACUCACAAUCUCCAGGCUCAGGGAAGAUGCUCGGAAAAUGGAAGAGGAGCAACAUGUGCUCAGCGCUUUGCAAUCUGGGCUGGCCAUGGGUGUGGACAGAGCUGAGUUCUACCUGCAGGUCAAGGAGGAAGAUGAGAUGGAGACUGAUAAG